AUGAAUUGUGAUAAUUCAGCUCGUGAUAAAAUUAUUACUGAUUGGUAUUUUCGAGAGUGGAUUGGAGAUAAUAGUCAUUUACCUGAAGCUGAAGAUGUUGUGAUCUUUAUGAAGAUUCUCAUCGAUAUCAUGGCAACUAAUGGAAAACUUAAUGAACAUGAACGUUAUUAUAUUAUUGGUCGUGCUGCUAUACUUGGAGUACCACAAGAGAAAUUAGAUGAACUUCAUACAUAUCAAGCAGAUACGUCUGAAAAUAAUCCAAAUUUUAAUUUGCCUCAUGUGAAAAAGACUCGAAUGGGUUUAAUUCACAAUUUAUUUCGUGUAUUAAGUAUUGAUCACAAAAUACAUCCAAAAGAUAUCAAAACAAUUUAUACACUUGGCAAAAAAUUAGGUGCUACAGAAGAACAAAUUCAACAAAUUCAAAGUUUAUAUGAAGAUGAAGAAAAAUUACGAGAAAAACGAGCAUCACUUCUUUUUCCACAUGGCUUUAAUGAUGCUUUAAAAGAAUAUCAAAAAUUACAUUAA